ACACAGCCUUGGCAAGACCUACAACAUAGUUCUGGGAUCUGGACAGGUGGUGGUGGGGAUGGACAUGGGCCUUCAAGACAUGUGUGUCGGGGAAAGACGAACAGUUGUUAUUCCACCUCAUCUUGGUUAUGGAGAAGAUGGAGUUGAAGGAGAAGUGCCUGGUAGUGCUGUAUUAGUUUUUGACAUUGAACUGCUGGAACUGGUGUCUGGCUUGCCUGAAGGGUACAUGUUUGUAUGGAACGGUGAAGUCUCUCCCAAUCUUUUUGAAGAAAUAGACCAGAAUCAUGAUGGAGAGGUUCUUUUGGAGGAGUUUUCAGAGUACAUUCAAGCUCAAGUUGAUUCUGGCAAAGGAAAACUGGCUCCUGGUUUUGAUUUUGAAAAGAUUGUUAAAAAUAUGUUCACCAAUCAAGACCGGGAUGGAAAUGGUAAAGUUACUGCUGAAGAAUUCAAGUUGAAAGACCAAGAGGCCAAAGAGGAACACGAUGAACUGUAAAGCUAAGAAAAAAAAGAGUCCUGAGCUGACCUACUGUUCGAACGUGUGUACUGGAAGAGGUUUCGGCGAGCAUGUUUCUGAAAGGUUAGCGCUCAGCUAGACAGCCUCUGUCUGCCUGUGCCUAUGUGCUGGUAGGCUGUUAAAAUAGGAAGAGAUUUUCAGUUGGAAUUGUUGGGUAUAUUUGGAAAAAAGUGUUAAGUGCCUCAA